AUGGAGACAGCAACUUCUUCCCCUUUGCCUACUCAAUCGAGGAGAAAUAGUGAAAAUUCCGGGUCUACUACAUUUAUGCCGCAUAUGAAUCCCUCCUUAGCAACUCCGCUAACUGUGUCGACAAUGGUGAAUCAAUCAAAUUCCAAAGAAUUUAUGAAGUUGACCCCAGUUCGUAUUAGAGAUUUUGGCUCUCCCUUGAAAAACGUGUCCACUAACCACCAUUUUUUAGACUCAGAAAAUGGCAAAGGCAACACGAUGGAUAAUAUGUAUAAAGAAAAUUUCAUACUCAUUUCAAAGGAACUAGAAAAACUACUGGAGAAUCUCAAUGUCAUAUAUCAAAAUAUUGGGUAUUCUAAUACUGAAAUUAUUAAUAAAGAAAAAAUCAUAUUCACCACUAUAUCUGAUUCUAUAAAACAGUUUUUUGAGCAAGCUGACGAAGAAUUGAAAAGACUGUCCGUAGAAAAUGAAAUCGAACAGAAUAUUCUAAAUAACAUUCUAGAGAGAAUAAAUGACCCAAGUGGGAUAAAGACUAUUCCUGAUUUGUACAUUAGAAACGCUAUUCUACUACAGAAAAGUAAAACUGUACCACAAUCACCUAAAAAGCCACUUUCCUUACUAAGCAAAAAGGCAGCAUUAGAUACCGCAAAAAACUUUGUGCUAGGAAGCUUUUUACCCAGACUCCACGACUAUUUGAAAUCCUUAAUUACUUUAAAACAUCUCGUACAAUCCGUGAAAGAGGAUCUUCCCGGACUGACAGAAGCAGAUAGUGAGGCGAUCUCUGCCUUUCCCGAAUUAGACAUAUUAACCACAUAUCUGUCGCAAAUAGAAAAUAGUAGAGACGAUAUUGGAUUGUCCAUGAAAUUUAUUACAGAUAAUAGAAAGGAUAUUUUAAAGGGGUCGGCGUUUAAAACUAUUAACAAAGAAUCCGUGAAGCACAUGGAUGAGGUCAUAAAAAUUUAUGAGGAAGAAUACGAGAGGAGGUUUAAAAGCAUACUCACCAAAAAGGAUAGUAUUUUAUCCAUAUGUGAGCAACUUGAAACUCCGCUUGCAACAUUAAUAGACGAGAAUUUUGAACAAAACCUAAAAUCAUAUGGAGAAGAGAAAAACUCUAAAUCAAAACUACCGAAUUUCCACCCUGUAGACAGAGAAAGGAUGCGUAAGAUUGAUACAACAUUGAAAAAACUGCAAGCUAUCCAUGAGGAAAGAGUAGACAAGAAGAAACUCUUGAUGGAACAAUGCAAAAAACUUUGGAUAAGGCUAAGAAUCUCUCAGGAAUAUACCAAGACCUUUAUGCUUAAUAAUUCAAGUCUGUCAACCGAGACCUUAGAUAGAAUCUCUGAAGAACUAAUGCGACUUGAAGUAAUGAAAAAAAAACUAAUAAAAAAACUAAUAUCAGAUUCUUGGGACAAAAUUAAGGAAUUGUGGCACACGCUACAGUAUUCAGAAGAAAGCCGGUCUAAAUUCAUCACUGUAUUUGAAGAACAAAGGAGAAAUGCAACGACUUUACAGGAAGAUGAGCUUCUUUUAGAAACUUGCGAAAAUGAGCUAAAAAAACUGGAGGACAAACUUACUCUUUAUAAACCAAUUUUGAAACUAAUAUCAGAAUUUGAAUCUUUACAGGAAGAUCAAGAAUUUUUGGAAAGGAGCUCAAAAGACUCUUCUAGGCUUUUGUCUAGAAAUUCUCAUAAGAUUUUACUUACUGAAGAAAAAAUGAGGAAGAGGAUAACAAGACACUUUCCUCGAGUCAUUAAUGAUUUAAGAACGAAAUUGGAAGAGGCCGCUGGCCUAUUCGACCAGCCUUUUUUGCUCAAAGGUCGGCCGCUUUCAGAAGCAAUCGACAUUCAACAACAGGAGAUUGAAGCGAAAUAUCCAAGAUGCAGAGUUAAAAUGCAGAGAUCUAAAAAGGGAAAAAGCGGCACGGGCAAGGAGAAUAAAGUCAUAAAAACCACUUCCAAGGCCGCUCAAAGUUCCAUCAGAGUACCGAUUGGUUUAGAUUUCAAUGAUAUCAACAUGACUUAUAAGACGCCUUCAAAAAAGACAAGGCAGGGCUUACCAAAGAGUGGCUUAUCCCGAGAGAACUCGCUUGCUCGACAUAUGCAAGGGACAACGCGCUUAUCUAGUCCUAAAAGAAGAGGUACAAGAUUACUAGCACCUACAGUAAUAUCUAGGAACUCCAAAGGGAAUAUAGAGAGACCUACCCUAAACAAAUACAGUUCAUCCGAUUUUUCAUCAUCGCCUAUGAUAAAUCAUACACAUAGCGAACAUGCGGUGAAACCACGCCAACUGUUCCCGAUCCCGCUAAACAAAGUCGAUACAAAGGGUAGUCAUAUCCCUCAAUUAACCAAAGAAAAGGCUUUAGAGCUUGUUAAAAGGUCGAUUGGCACCAUUGGUAAAGAGAAUAUUCGGAGCCCGCAACGUAAAAGCUCAUUAGAGGAUUAUGCACAAAAAUUGAGCAGUCCCUAUAAAGAACCUGAGCACAGCAUAUAUAAUCUUUCCAUGUCACCAGAAGGUAAAUUUCAGUUAAACAUUCAACAAAAAGAUCUUGAAAGUGGAUUUGAUGAUACCAGUAUGAUGGAAGAUGAAAAUGAUAAGGAUUUUAUUACAUGGAAGAACGAGCAAGUUUCGAAGUUGAAUGCUUUCUCCAUUACAGAUAUCUGA